UGAAAAAGGCAGAGGAAAGCUUUGACUAAACUCUCUUCCUCUUCAACAACUGCUCUACAACUACACCUAGCCAUUCCUCGUUGAAUUUAAUAAAUUCAUAAACAAACAAAAAAAAAAUAAUCAUUUUUGCCAACUUUCCUCUCUGUCUCUCUUCUUCCAUUUCCCUUCUCAAUUUUCAGGGAAAUUGAAAAAAAAAAAAAAAAAAUCCUUUUCUUGAAUCUUUAAGUUUACCCUUUGCUUCCAUUUUACUGUCACUAACUUCAUUGACCUCACUUUUUCUUUUUUGGGGUUCUUGAUUUGUGGGGUUUGACUUUUGAAUAUGGGUGUCACUGUUUUUUUUUUUUUUUUUUAAGCUGAAUAGUUUGAAUGAGGAAUCUUGAUUUUUAGUAAUUAUGGAUCAGUCGGUGUUGGUGACCUGGGUAUUUCUUUGCUUAAUUGGGUUGCUUUUGAACUUGUCACAUGUUGCUGGUAACGCUGAAGACAGGUGAUGCCUUGAAUGCUCUGAAGACAAAUUUGGCUGAUCCUAAUAGUGUUCUACAGAGUUGGGAUCCAACCCUUGUUAAUCCUUGUACUUGGUUCCAUGUGACAUGCAACAGUGAAAAUAGUGUGACUAGAGUUGAUCUAGGAAAUGCAGAUCUAACAGGUCAACUGGUACCACAGCUUGGCCAACUCCAGAAAUUGCAGUACCUGGAACUUUAUAGUAAUAACAUAAGCGGAAGAAUUCCAAAUGAACUGGGAAACUUGACAGAGUUGGUUAGCUUGGAUCUUUACCUGAAUAACUUAAUUGGUCCAAUCCCUGCCUCAUUGGGCAAGCUUCAGAAACUACGCUUCCUGAGGCUCAAUAAUAACAGUUUGAGUGGAGGUAUUCCUAUGUCUCUAACCAACAUUGGUGCACUUCAAGUACUUGAUCUCUCAAACAAUCAUUUGACAGGAGCAGUUCCAGUCAACGGUUCCUUUUCACUUUUUACUCCUAUAAGUUUUACUAAUAAUCAGUUGGAAGUUCCUCCAGCUUCUCCACCUCCUCCUCUUCCUCCUACACCAUCAUCUUCUUCUUCAGUGGGCAAUAGCGCAACUGGAGCCAUUGCUGGAGGAGUUGCUGCAGGCGCUGCUCUUCUAUUUGCAGUUCCUGCAAUUUUUCUUGCUUGGUGGCGUCGAAGGAAACCACAAGACCACUUCUUUGACGUUCCUGCUGAGGAGGAUCCAGAAGUGCAUCUAGGACAACUCAAGAGGUUUUCCUUGCGUGAACUACAAGUUGCAUCAGAUAAUUUUAGCAACAGAAAUAUACUCGGUAGAGGUGGAUUUGGUAAGGUUUAUAAGGGCCGGUUAGCUGACGGGUCUUUAGUUGCAGUGAAAAGACUAAAAGAGGAACGUACUCAAGGUGGUGAGUUACAAUUUCAGACAGAAGUAGAAAUGAUCAGCAUGGCUGUACACCGAAAUCUACUGCGUUUACGGGGCUUUUGUAUGACACCCACUGAGCGGGUGCUUGUUUAUCCUUACAUGGAGAAUGGAAGUGUUGCAUCACGUUUAAGAGAGAGGGCUGAAUCAGAGCCCCCACUUGACUGGCCAAAAAGGAAGCGUAUUGCACUUGGAUCUGCAAGAGGCCUUGCUUACUUGCAUGAUCAUUGUGAUCCUAAAAUUAUUCAUCGUGAUGUCAAAGCGGCAAAUAUCUUAUUGGAUGAGGAGUUUGAAGCAGUUGUUGGGGAUUUUGGGUUAGCUAAACUCAUGGACUACAAGGACACUCAUGUAACCACUGCUGUACGUGGUACAAUUGGGCAUAUUGCACCUGAGUAUUUAUCCACUGGUAAAUCUUCUGAGAAAACUGAUGUGUUUGGCUAUGGGGUUAUGCUUCUAGAGCUCAUAACUGGGCAGAGGGCUUUUGAUCUUGCUCGACUUGCCAAUGAUGAUGAUGUCAUGUUGCUAGAUUGGGUGAAGGGACUGCUGAAGGACAAGAAAUAUGAAACAUUAGUUGAUGCAGAUCUUCAAGGUAAUUACAAUGAAGAAGAGGUGGAACAGCUAAUUCAGGUAGCUCUACUCUGCACGCAGAGUACGCCUACGGAACGUCCAAAGAUGUCAGAAGUUGUAAGAAUGCUUGAAGGUGAUGGCCUUGCUGAGAGGUGGGAGGAAUGGCAAAAGGAAGAGAUGUUCCGACAAGAUUUUAACCAUGCCCACCACCACCCCCAUGCUGAUUGGAUAAUAGCCGACUCUAUUUCAAAUAUCCGACCGGAUGAGUUGUCAGGACCAAGAUGAUCUUUCAGGCACAUAUAGGACUACUGGCUCUUUUGAGGGAAAAUCCUCUUUGUAUCUGUAAUUGUUAUUUGUAACAUCUUUGUGCAUAACAUUUUCCUUCUUUUUUUGUUUCAGUCAGUUAUAAAUGUGUAUAGGUGAUUGGGUCAUUAAAGGUCUGAACAUGAAAGUUGAUCUACAGCAGGAAUGGCUGUAGAAGCAUCAUUGUACCUUUUCUUGUUCCAAUGUAAACAACAACAGCAUACCCAGUGUAAUCCCACAAGUGGGGUCUGGGGAGGGUAGGAUGUACGCAGACCUUACCUCUACCUUUGUGGGGGUAGAGAGGCUGUUUCCGAUAGACCCUCGGCACUUUUUCCAAUGUAUGUUUGUUAAAAAGAACAAUAACACUUGUAAACUCCAAAUAAUCACAGUUUCUUUCAUGUUCA